CAGAUUAAUCACAAGUUCACUGAGAUGGAAACGAAGUACAGAUCUGUCGACGAAACCAAAGCUCAACUCUGUGAAUUGUUGACCAGCAGAAGAGAACAAAACUGUUCCAAGGACUAUGUUACAAAUAAAGACCGGUGUUAUUACUUUUCCACGUUUGAAACAUCUUUAUACAAAGCGAUUCAAGAAUGUUCAAAACGUGAUUCAAGUCUGCUCGAAAUCAAUUCAAGGGAUGAAGCGAACUUUGUAUCCCGCAACCUUGUGAACCAAACCCAUACAUACUGGAUUGGAAAAUGCGAAAACAGGUGAGAGUUGGACUGAUCUGUCGGGUGAGAGUUGGGUAUUGUGAUCGUCCUGAUGGGAGAAAAUAGGAUUCGUUUACUGUCUGACGUAAU